CCGCCAUCCGGUAAAAUUGUGGGUGAUAUUUAUUUAUGUGUGGUUUAUAUGAAUAUAUUUUCUGGUAUUCUUUACUUUCUGCAUACCCUUUUGAUCUGGUGUGCUUUUGUUCUUACUCUUUAAUGUUAAUUGGCAGUUACUUUAUUUAUAUUCUUUUUAAGUUCAUUUUGGAACUCUUCUAGGAGUUUGUAGAUCCAAAGAUAUAUUGGUGAGUUUUUUUAUGGGCCUUAUUUAAUUUGUGAGUAAGAGUGAGGGAAGGUUGAUCUGAUUGAUGAUUAUUGCUCAGCAAGAUUAGUUUGGACAUGUGAAUUUGAAGUGGGAAGCCUCGGGAACAGAUGGACUGACAUGAGAAUGAAUGAAUGAUAAGAUUUUGAUAUUAGGGUUCAUGAAAUACUAGUCUCAUGCUUGAAGUUAUCUUAGACUUGCUUCAGUUUAAAGUUAAAAGUGAUGGGUAUAUACCUUAGUUCUCCAAAAACAGAGAAGUUCUCAGAGGAUGGUGAGAAUACAAGGCUUAGAUAUGGUUUAUCAUCCAUGCAAGGAUGGCGUGCAACAAUGGAAGAUGCGCAUGCGGCGAUCCUUGACUUGGACACUUCUACUUCCUAUUUUGGUGUUUAUGAUGGUCAUGGAGGGAAGGUUGUGGCUAAAUUCUGUGCCAAGUAUCUUCAUCAACAAGUGCUUAAACAUGAAGCUUAUCUGGCUGGUGAUAUCGCAACUUCUGUGCAGAAGGCCUUUUUUAGAAUGGAUGAGAUGAUGCGCGGACAGAGAGGCUGGAGGGAGCUUGCUGUUCUGGGGGAUAAAUUGAACAAGUUCACUGGUAUGAUAGAAGGUCUGAUAUGGUCUCCAAGAAAUUCUGAAGGAAAUGAUCAAGUUGAUGAUUGGGCAUUUGAGGAGGGGCCCCACUCUGAUUUUUCUGGACCGACUUCUGGAAGCACAGCUUGUGUUGCAAUCAUUAGAGGCAACCAUCUUGUUGUUGCAAAUGCUGGUGAUUCUCGCUGUGUAAUAUCAAGAAAGGGUCAGGCAUACAAUCUGUCAAGGGACCAUAAACCUGAUCUUGAGGUGGAAAGAGAACGAAUUCUAAAAGCCGGCGGUUUCAUUCAUAAUGGACGAGUGAAUGGCAGUCUAAACCUUGCAAGAGCUAUAGGAGAUAUGGAAUUCAAGCAGAAUAAAUUUUUGCCAGCUGAGAGGCAAAUAGUAACUGCCAGUCCAGAUAUAAAUACAGUUGAGCUAUGUGAGGAUGAUGAUUUUAUUGUGCUAGCUUGUGAUGGCAUAUGGGAUUGUAUGUCAAGCCAGCAAUUGGUUGAUUUUAUACAUGAGCAGCUGCACUCUGAAAGCAAGCUUUCCACAGUAUGUGAAAGAGUUCUUGAUAGAUGUUUGGCGCCAUCCACUGCUGGAGGUGAGGGAUGUGAUAACAUGACUAUGCUACUGGUACAAUUUAAGAAACCAAUUUACUCGGGGUCCUGUGAACCUGCUGAAUUGUCUCCCCCUUCUGAUGAUAAGUUGCCCAUAGUGGAUGAGAAAUCUCAUGCUUCCAGUGAGGUUGAAGCUGAACCAAAACCGGUUGAGUGUGGAUCAAGUUCAUGACUGGUAUCUAUGCUUUUUAAGCCAUAUUUUUGGAAUUUUAAUCUGUGACUGUGCGUGAAGGCUUACAGCAUCUACUACUAAAUGCACUGUGCACUUAUAGUGAUGCUUUUUGUUUGUGACUGCACUGUACUGGAACAAUUGAAAUGGCAUGUAUAGAGUUUACCCCAGGUUUGACAAUCGUACAGGUUCGACUCAAAACUGCAAAGGAGUCAUCAUCUGUUCUUUUUUUGUUUAUUUUAAUGUCUUUUUUCCUGUGUAAUUUUUACUGAUACGGAGUAUCUUCAAAGUUGCCAAACUUGCAUGAG